UCAGAAUAACUGUCCAUUCUAAUGUUUUGGCAAUUGCGAGUAUUUACUUCUCAGAUAUAACCAGAGAGCCCUCGUCGCUUUUGCCGCAUAUCCCCUCCGUGCGUGUGGGAGGAUAUGUUUCCUUGUCUGCGACCGUCCAAGCGGGUCGUUCAGAUGCUGAUGCAUGUGAACAGCCAGCUCGAGAAUCCAGCCCUGUGGAAACUGCUACUGGGCAUGAGAAGAUGGGAUGUCCAGUUGAUCUGAACCACUUCAAAUCUGAGGGUGUCCAGCCAGAUGCGGAUCAUGUCAUGAUGGGCUCCGCAGAGGUGUCAGAGCUGGUUACAAUACCUGAAGGCAAUAUCUACUGUGCCAGCAUGCCAACAGUGGUGUUUAGCACUGGGUGUAGUGAUCAUGAAAUGCCCAUCAUUCAUUCUCUUCUUGAAAUUCCCCAGAACUUUAGUGCAGCAUCAUUUGAUCAAAGCUCAAUAGAUGGUGACCUGAUCACAAUUGAUGCUAAUGCUAUCUGCAUCAGUAAUGAAGUUAAACAGGCUAGCUGUGCACCAACACCUUCACCAGGCAUUUCCAGUCCAGCCCCCUCAAUUUUGAGAAGGAAUCACAAGAAGUCCAGCUACAAGUACCUGUUCAAGUUCCAGCCAGUUGAUACUCAGAGUUUAGAGCUGACACAGCUUGCAGAAUGUGUGAAGCUGCUGGUGGACUUUGCCUAUUGCAGCUCUGAGCUGCAGGUAACAGAGGAGACCUACCCAGUGCUGCACGAGCUUGCCAAACUGCUGGAGAUGGAGGAGGCGGUGUCGGCCUGUGAGAAACACGCGGUGGAUCGGCUGGUGGGUGAGCCGGAGCCUCCGGCGCCGCCGCCGGCCUCGGAGCCGGGGCCCGGUGGCGGCUCCCCAGCGGGCUCCACCGCGGAUCCGCCUGACGACCCUGCCGACGCCAGUCACGGCCAGCUGCUCGUUUGCCGCAACUGCUCCUUCUUCUGUCACGGCGCGUCGCGCAUGCGCGAGCACCGGCGCAUGCACCACGUACGCAGCUACAUGUGCGCGCACUGCGGCGUGACGCGCCAGAAAACGAGCCAGCUGCUGCGCCACCUGAUGCAGGCCGACCACGGCGAGACGGUGUGCUCGCUCUGCUUCCACGAAUGCGGGCCUGGUGAGCGCAUGGCCGACCACUACGUGCGCCACAACGACCCGCGGCCCUUCUUCUGCUCCGUCUGCUUCGCCCGCUUCCCCAGCCGCACUGGACUGAACCUGCACAUGCCGACCCACUCCAGCGUCAAACCGUUCGUGUGCCGCACCUGCGGCCAGGCGUUCAAGUGGCGCCACGCGCUGCAGAGCCACGCGCGCACGCACGGCGCAGAGAAGAAGCUGCUCUGCGACGUGUGCGGCUUCUGCACGCGCCACACGGGCCAGUUCAAGGCGCAUAAGGCGCGCCACGCGGGUAUGACGCACCAGUGUCCGCACGACGGUUGUCCGUUCCGGGCGACCACGCCGUGGCUGCUCAAGGACCACCUGGUGACCCACGCCUCCGAUAAACAGUAUCAGUGCGAGGUGUGCGGCAAGAAGUUCGGCCACGUGCGCAAUAUGCGCCGCCACGCGCUGCUGCACGGCCGGCAGGUGGCGCUCACGUGCGAGCGCUGCCCCUAUCAGACGACGCGCUCGGACAAGCUGGCGCAACACGUGCGUGCCAAGCACGCGACGGUGGCGCCUCCCGACGGCGAGCCGCCGCCAGUCGGCGACGAAGCGGCGCCAAGCGACCCUAGCGAGCCGGCGUCGUCGGCAGCGGCUGCCCCAGAGGCAGGCCAUCGCACCACCGCCGAUGCCGCCAGCCCUGCCUUCGUGCAGAAGCAUGCUGGCGUGACGGAUGAGGCUAGCGGCGCCGUCGAGAGCUGCAUGUCGAAGGGCAAGGAGCUCAUCUUCAAGCGCUUCGGUAUGUGA